AUGGCGCUCAUACAUCAAUUACCAAUUGACCACAGCUUAUUUAUCACAACACCAAACGCGAUACAGUAUCGCUCUCAGCUCAUCGACAAGUCCCUCUUCGAAUGCGAAACCGCGAGCGGCAUCGUCAACGCGUGUGCGUCGAAAGACAAUAGUGGCCUCACAUCGGUUCAAGCGUACUCCAUCCCAGCAGCGGAACUCUUGCCCUCGCUGCCGUCACAUCCAUCACCACCAAACACUAUCGCAGUAUCAUGCAAUGGCGACGUACUGCUAUCAGCCUCGCCUGAUCCGCCGAUGAUAUAUCUUCAUGACAGAAGAUGGGGAGGCAGCGCGCCAGUCAACUUUCAACCUAUAGAUGCCCAUUCGCCUAUCAAUUGCGCCGUGUUUCAUUCUUCUGACGGCCUCGAAUCGCUAUCUCAUACGAGUUUUGUGUUGGGCUUCCAGGAUGGCAGUUUGGCCAUGUAUCGACUCCUCGUUCCACCCCUUUCGAAGUAUCAUAAAGGCUCGCACACGCACCGUUUCCAACCUCAACCACUGAGGGUUGGCGCACUGAAGAAGCUGCACAAGGCGGCAAUGGGAGGCAUAACAGCAGCAGCGCUCAUCCCAGGCUACAAGUCGCGUGUGGUCAGUAUCGGGCAAGAUGGACGCUGCCGACUCCAUGUCUCCGGUCCAGCGAUUUGUGUAUCCGUCGUAUCAGACAGAUCUAUUUCAUCGAAUAUUAGGAAUGAAAAGGUGUUGCUGCUACGUGGUGAGGCAACAGAAGAUGCUGGUCAGGUCUACGAAGGCUUGGAGACACUCAUCGCGAUCGGUACACAAGCUGGGAAGGUUCUGGUGUUCAACGUUCUUGGCUUACUCAUAUAUGAGAUAGCCAUGGGCGUGCCAAUUGUCAACGUCGAGUGGGUCGGCGAUAUGUCCGCACCGUCGGUCCUGCCAAACCGUAAAUUUUCGUUGUCGCCUGAGCCACGUCCGGUGACGGACAGGCUAUCGAAGGAGAUUGAGGUUCUUACUGAUGAAGAAAGUGGCACCGUAAUGAAGACAGCAUCGCCGUUCAAGCGAGUUGGAGAAUUUCAAGCGAUCCCGACUGCAUACACGCGAGACUUGUUCACCAACGAUCUUCCACAGCGCAUGUCACGUCAAUCCACUCGAAAGCGAUCAGAUGCUUCGAGCGGCUCACCGCUACAAGUCAACAGGACCCACGAGCGACCGAGAAGAAAGUCGCUGAUACGACCGCGCAUCGCAACAGAAACAUUUGAGUCACCUGUGGCAGCACCCCGUCUUCCUAUGUCUAACAGCAGAGCAAAAUCAUCCUCACUUUCUGCACCACCAUUACAAGAAAGUCGUAGGUGGCCACAAGUACACCAAGCACCGAAUGUGCCACCAUCAUCCAAAGCACGUCGCCUCUCUGCCUCUUAUGCAUCUUUUUCGUCUCAGGGUUCUGUCUCCGACCAAGAAUUCUUCACACCUCCUUCUACACAGCGAGACAAGGGCAAGACACCCCAGCGGUGUGUGAGCCAGCAAGCAUCAGUCACUGCGUCAAAGAGCUCAGCACGUUUUCCACCACCACUUCGUUCUGUUUCUCCGGAUCCGUCAAAUAUACCAAGCAGACUCAAUCUUCGCCCAGCCUCGCAGACCUUCAAUCCUACGUUUGGUACAAAUCAAGCAGAACGCAGCGCGGGUCCCUCUAUCCCUGCCCCAAAGACUCCGCAACGUCACGUCACCAUCGAUGCCCCAGGUUCUUCAUCGUCUCUUGAUAGCCUGUAUUCUCGCCCAACGUCGCGUGUGGUGAAGGAAGCUUCACGAAGACGGUCCUCGAUAAUCUCAACAAGGACACCACAGCUCACCCGACCCAUGACCCAAAGAUCUGAUAGUUCACCGAAAUAUUUAGAUGGAGAAAUGGAUGAACCAAAACCAAAGUCUGCAUCUAGAGCAAGACCAGCUUUAAUUAAGACGUCCAGACGGGACUUCAGCUAUGAGUCCGGUCAGCGAUUCGAAAUGGGAAGACGAGAGCGGGUUUUUACUAGUGUUGAUGAGAUGCAGCAGCUGCGAGACAAUACAGAGAUGUUGAGGGACGACAUGCAGGCGUUACGAGAAGAAUUCCGGGCAUUAAAAGAUGUGUUGCUGGGCUGGAGGGCGGGGGAAUAA